AAAUAUUUAUUUCUUACAGAUUAUCACUUCAUGAAUUUUUAGACUCAUUUAGUCGCUUCUAUGAAGACUAUUUAUACAAUAUGGACAUGAUUGACGAAGAGAUAACUCAUGAGAACAAUCAUGAAGUUUGUACCGAUUUUCUAUCAGAAAGUUUUAAUUCUACGUCGGAGGAAACUCUGAGAACUGCUAAUAGUAACAUAAAUACAAAUACAAUAAGAAAUCCACUUACAUUAACGCAGAGACAAGAUUCUGUGCAAGAAGAACUCUCUAUUUCUGAAAAUGCAAUUGGUACAGAUACUCUAAUCGACGUCAACACUGUAGAAUUCACAAUUGAUGUCGACACUGAACUUACUACAAAUAGUCCGGUAACAAGUGACACGCACAAUCAAAAUACAAACAACAUUCCCAAUUUAUCACGAUUUGAUAAUGAUGAAUUUGAUGACGAAUCCAUUUAUAACAUCCCAGAUGACGACUAUGGAUAUUGGUACGAAGGUCAGGAAACUAUUGCAGAAAGUGACGUCCCGUAUCAUAAAGUUGAUAGACUUUCUCUGGAAAGGGGCAAAGAAAAUGAAGGAGUAAAGUCUGAUCAUAGAUGCACUAUUUGCCUUGAUGCUGUAUCGAAUCAAGUUUUUAUACCGUGCGGUCACAUUUGUUGUUGUGAAGAUUGUGCUAAUUAUAUUAUGGGAGAGAGCAAUAAUGUUAAGAAAUGUCCAAUCUGCAAAGCAGAAAUUUCAUCUAUCUACAAAGUAUAUACAGCAUAAAUGAGUUUGUAUUUUCUUCUAAAUAUAAGAACAUCUAAGAAUGUUUGCAACUUUCUUAAUACGCGUAAUCUGAGAUACUUGUCAAUUAUACGCUUUGAAAUAUAUAUGGCUAGACUACCUUGCAUAUUUUAAUCUUUACGCAUAUAGUGCGCAAUACUUAAGAUACAUAAAACAUUAUUCUAUUGAAAAUUAAUAGUAUAUAUACUUAUAUAUAUAUAUAUAUAUAUAUAUAUAUAUAUAUAUAUAUAUAUAUAUAUACACUAGUCUAACUACACAAAAAGUUUAUUUUCUUCUUUUAAAUAUAUAUAAACGUUAUUAACUGUUGACAGAGUUAUAUUUUAUGUUUCAUUUUAAACAAAGAAGGGAAUAGAGUUCUGCUUUUCAGAUGUGAAGACUGAUUAGAAAAUAAGUUUUAUUUUAUUUCAUUCUCGUAUUAUAGAUAUAUGUAGAAUUAAGGUUAACUCUGUUGCUAAUUGUGAUUGUGCAAUAAGAGCUUUAAUUAUUUUGUUGAUGAAUAAAUUACUGAGAUUUUGGCUUUCCUUGUAUAAUUCUAGUAUUGAAUAAAAAUGUAAGUUUGAUAAUCUAA